GAUAAUUUAUUGGCGCAUCUCUAAAACAUAGCAAAAUUUAGGCAACAAAUUUUGAAGAGCUAACAGCAUAAAAUGGCCAGCAAGCAGUUGAUAAACCGCUUAAGCACAGUUGGAUGCCGUGGCCAGAAUUGGCUAACGCCAUUGGCCGUCGUGCGCAACUCGAGCACACGCGACGACAUCCAGACUGUCACCCACACUGGCCAGGUGUUCGACAAGGACGACUAUCGCAAUGUGCGCUUCACGAAUGCCAAGCGCUAUGUGAACGAGAACUGGGGCAUCAAGCUCAUCGACGAGCAGCGUCCCAUUGAGACCACGGAGCGCGUUGUCUACUGCGACGGUGGAAACGGGCCACUCGGCCAUCCUAAAGUCUACAUCAAUCUGGAUAAACCUGGCAAUCACAUCUGCGGCUAUUGCGGCCUGCGUUUUGUGAAGAAGGAUGACCAUCAUCAUUAGAGGCUGCUGUGGAAACUAGUUGAAGCUGUUGAAUAUACUAUUACAAAAUAAUAAUAAAACCUAGAACUACCGCGAUAAUUGACGGCACUUCAAA